GAAUCGACACUUUCAGUAAUACCCUAUCACACUGCACAAGAUGCAUCUCAGUCUAGGCAGUUUUGCAGCCAACGAACGCCCCCUUCGAGUCCUGACUCUGUAUACCUCCGCCCUCGCGACCCCGCUGCUCAUCGCGUGCACAGUCAUCUCGAUCAAAGUCAGCCGCCGUCCUGUAACAGCGUUUUGCUUUGGCUACAUUCCGGUUGCCCUGACUGCUUUCGCUUCUACCAUCAGCAUCCUAUGCCACAAGAAAAAGAAUACUCGCAUGCCAGCCAGUGGAUGCGUCUUCCUGGACGGAUUCGCUUUCGUUGCCUACCUGGGCAUUCUGAUUGCCAUCUGGGCCGUUGGGAUUGGCGAGAUAAGGCAUCCCGGGUUAGGGCUACUAGCUGGCUACACGACAGCGCCCAUGAUCGUCAACAUGUUCGUACACGCAUACAUGGUCGCCUGCAACAUACCCGCCUUCAUCGCGCAGCUCACCGUACCAAAAGUCCACCAGUGUCCCAACUGCCGCAGUAGCUUCACCGAGCGCAACCCACCCCGGCUUCAGGAAACGAGCCAGAGUGCGGAGAGAUACAGCCUUUUGCGCGGAGAAGACUACCUCGAUGUCGAUGCCGACGCCGUCGACUAUCCCGGUGGUAGUGCGCGCAGCUCAGAGGACCAGGUACGACCAGAGACUGAAAGCAAAAGCGACGAUAAGAAGAUUUUGGUCGUGUGAGAAGGUAUCUUGUAUGCAAUGUUAGCAUUGGAUCAUGGAAAGCAAAGUUACGAGUCCCCCCCCCCUCUUCUACAAAGAAGCAGAAGGCGGAGAAGCCCAAAUCUAUACACAUGGAUAAGAAAAAAGUAGUGUUAUGUACAAAAAAAAAGAAGCCGCUACUUAGUGAAUGCGGGGACCGAAAUUUCACAAGCUGUGAGCAUGUGUCCAGCACCGGUCUGGACUUUUUUGCCUGGGCAUAUACACAUAUAUACAAACCGUACUGCCGACAGUCGAUGGGGCAGUGCUUCUU